AUGGAACUUUUAGUACCAUUUCUUAAUCGUGAUAAUGUAUCACAUCAUAUCUCAAUAUCUAUGUCAAAUAUUCUUACUUACCAAAAUGAAUCAAGUAAACAAGAAAAAGAAAUUGAAGAACUUAGUCGACUUCUAGAUGCUUUACCAACUAAUAUAAAUCUUGAUUCAAUAUCAAUUGCUAGUCAACUUUUUGAUUAUUUAUUACAAAAUUUACCAACAAUUCAUCAAUAUCGUUUAUUAUCUUCAUGUUUGAAUUUCAUGAAAAUAGAAGAUCGUCUUCAACGUAUAAAAACUAUUCUUCUAUUAAUUCUUGAUAAUGAACAAACAGUUCAAUUACGUGAACUUCUAUGCAAAUUACUCAAUAGUAUUGAAUAUUCUACUUCUUUAUCAUUAGAUUUUGAUUGGACACAUUUAGAAACUGCAAUGCAUUAUCAACAUGAUCCUAAAUUUCUUACUUAUAUUUGGCGUUUUUUUUCUAAAAAUCAUCAAACAAAUCUAGAACAAAUUCUUGUACGCACAUUACCAAUAAUAAAAACAAAUGAUGAAUUAUUUCUUUUUUUAUUAAUUGAUUUACGUUCAACAAACGUCUUUGUUUUAAUGCCAUCAUUUUGGUAUUUAAUACAACGUUCAUUAGGUGAUAGUACAUCAAAUAAUGAUCGUAUACGUAAAUGUGCUAUAUAUUUAUUUCAACAAAUAUUAACUAAUGAUGAAUAUAAACAUAUUGAGAUCAAAGAAGAAAAAUUUAAUCGAUUAUUAAUUUUAAUUAAUGAGAAAACAAAACAAUUUUGGAUUGAUUUUAUUGUUCUUUAUGAAGCACUUGAAGAUGGUGUUGUUCAUUUGAUUAAACCGUUGUUGACAAAAUUUGAUCGACUUUUAAAUUUUUCUCUUGAAUAUGGAUUAUCAUUAACAUGGUUAUUUAUUUUGUUACAACGUUUAUUUGCAAAUACAAGUUCUCCACUUGCUCGUUGGACGGUUCGAUGGUUUUUUAAUUCAAUGAAGUUACCUGAUAACCAAGUAGAAAAUUUCUUUUUCGAAACUGUUCUCGAUUGGUCAUCAAAUAAUUUUGUUUUUCUCAAAGGUGAAGAGAUUAACGAUUCUCAACAGCCAAUGGAACAAUUUUUAGAAUCUUAUCUUGAACGAUGGCUUAAUCAUGUUGAAAAUCCAAGUUCAUGUUUAUUAACACUUCUAUCACGUAUACAAACUAUUAAAUGGUCACAUAUAUCACUUGUACGUAUUUUAUAUUCAUUAAGAACAUAUGCUUUGAAUCAUCAAAAUCAAUCUUUAUUAAAUGAUGAACAUAUUAAAAUAUUUGCAUCAUUAAUAUUAACACAGUUUCAUACAUAUGCACCAGCUCUUCGUUUAUCUGCUUAUUCAUCUAUACUUGAUAUUGUUAUUUAUCUUCUUGAUUGGUCAAUAUCAUCAAAAUCAUUAAGUCUUUUACGAUUUUUUGCUUUAUUUGAUCGAUCAACAUUUUUAUCAAAACAUUUUCAAAUAAUAUUAAAUCAUUUUGUAUUUGAUAUUCGACAAUUACAAACAUUUAUUGAAGAAUUUGUUUCAUCCGAGGAUUUAAAUACAUCUUUAGAUACUCGAUUAUUUUCACUUGAUAAUAAUUUAUUAGAAUAUCGUCAAAUAGCAUUUUUACUUGAUCUUAUUGAUAUACACAAUACAGAUAUAUUAAAAACAAUAUUUAAUCCAUUAAUUGAAAAUAUUCGAACAGCAUAUCAACGUCCAUAUAUGUCAAUAAAUAAUGUUCGAAAAUCUAUUGAACUUUUUUCGGGUUUAAUACAAGAAAAUUAUUUUCGUUCAUCAAAUUUUGUUAAAGAUUGGUUUUCAUCAAGUAUUCGAUUAAUCGUACGAGAAGGUUUAAAUUUUAUUAAAAUACAUUCGAUCAAACAACCUAUGGUUUUUAUUAAAUUACCAAUCGUUUUCUUAAUGAUUGGUAACCAUGGAGAUAUUAGUCGAUUUUUACAAGAAUUAAUUACCCAAAUGGAAACAAUUAUACAACAACAGGCAGGAAAUAAUUGGCAAUGUCUCUUCGUAGUAUUUAUUCAUUCUAUGGAUUGGCUUUUAACAAAUCGAUUAUCAGAUUUUAACAAUGAAUGGAAUACUAAGCUGCGUACAGUUCCACUAUUUUCUCAAAUUUUACCAUUACUCGAUCAGCCCAAUAUCAACAUUCCACAAGCCGAUAUGUUAAUUGCUAAAUAUUUAUUUAUCGCUAAUAAUAUACCACCAAUUGAUUUAUAUAACAAUAUCAUAGAUGAUUUAUUCAAAGCAUCUCCAAGAGAACUACCCUAUGUCUUUCGUGCUAUCGCUGUAUUACUUCGUCAAACAGAAAUAACAAAUGAAAAUAAAUGUAAACUAAUCGAAAAUUCAAUGAAUGUACUUGAUGAAAUUGAUCAUCGAAUGCCAGUAUAUUGGCCAUGUUUAACAACAUUUUGUCAAGCUAUAUCAUCUUCUGUUACAGAUAUAAAUGUAUCUAAUCUCUUAACUGAAUGGUUUACACAAAUGCUUGAAAAAUGUGGACAUAUUUCAGGAAUUAUGAAUGUCAUACUUGAAUCAAUAAUUCCAAUAUGGUUACAUGAACAUCGAAUUCAAUCAUCUCAUUUACCAAUCAUAGUUGAAUGUAUUAUCUUCGGACAAAUUCAUCAAAAAGAUAAAAAACAACAAUGGCAAGCAGAACAAAUUGUUGAACAAGAUGAAUCGUUUCGUUUACUUCUUUCUAAUACACAUAUAAUACCUGAAUAUCGUUAUGAUCGAAAUAUUCGUGUAUUAAUACAAUUAUUUGUUUUACAUAUUUGGCCAUCAUUACUUAAUGUUCAACAAAAUGAUAUUGUUAUGCAAAUAAUUGCAAAACAUCGUCAUUUAGCAUUAAAAGAACGUCGACCACGUUUUUGUACGAAUUCACUUGAACAUCGUAUUAUGUUUCGUUCACUUCAAUGUCUUCUUUGUUUAACAUCUGUUAUAAAAAACUCGAGCCUUUUAAAAACAAUCUACGAUUAUAUAGUAGAAACAUUAAUUAAAGAAAAUGAACCAUCACUUCGUUUACUGUCAGAAUGGAUUAUUGUUCGUUUAAUAUCAGAAGAUAGAAAAACACGUUUAAAUGAUUUAUAUGAAUAUUUACAUCAUGCUCAUCAACAGAGAACAGGAACUGUAUGUGCUUGGCUUUCAAUAGCAUCACAUAUACCAAAUCUUUUAUUAAAUCAAAUUGAACAGAUAGAAUAUAUAAAUAAAAUUUUCGAAUAUAUUAGUCCAUUAAUAAUACAUUCAAAUUUUCAUAUUCGAACAUUUGCUUGUACAACAAUGAUUAAAUUACUUGAAUAUAUUGAACGUCAUCAUCUUGAAAAUGAAAUACCAUAUGAAGCAUACCGAUAUUUUAAACGAAACGAUGAAAAAUCUGAACUUGGCCGAUAUAUAAUGAAACUUCAAAGUUUAUUUCUUUAUCAAUUUGAUCCAAUACGAGAUUUUUCACUUGAAACAAUUUUUUAUACAUUACCAAAAUUAUCUUUAAUAGCUGAUGAUGAAUAUCUAUGGCCCGAACGGUUUAUUGAAAUAAGUCAACAGUUACAUUUCACAUUUCCAAUAUCAGUUUAUAAUGUUUCAACAAUUUUACAAUCAUGUCAAGCUGGAAUAUGGAGAUUAACUGCUUCUGGAAAAACUGAUAUAGGAGGGAUACAAGAUGAAGAAGGAUCUUCAACGAUUCAACAUAAAGCAAAUCCAUAUCCCAUCGUUGAAGCACUUGAUGAUACUGAAUUAAGAGGAAGUAUUAAACGAAGUCAAUUGAUUGUUGUGGCAUCACUUAUUGAUAAACAAGCAAAUUUAGGUGGUUUGUGUCGAACUGGUGAAAUCUUCGGAAUAAAAGAACUAGUAAUUGACAGCAUUCGUAUAUUGGAAGAUCAACAAUUUCUUAAUUUAAGUAUGACUGCUCAUAAAUGGUUACGUAUUAAACAAGUACAAGAAAGAGAAUUAAAGGAUUAUUUAAUUGAUAUGCAAGUUCAAGGAUAUACGAUUAUUGCUGUUGAACAAACAGUGAAUAGUCAAAGUUUAUAUGAAUUUGAAUUUCCAGAGAAAACAUUACUUUUACUCGGAAAUGAACGGGAAGGUAUUCGAGCUGAUCUCUUAUCUUUAGUAAAUGCAACAGUUGAAAUUCCACAAGCCGGUGUUAUACGUUCGUUGAAUGUUCAUAUAAUGAGUAUUUAUAAUGAAUUUAAAUCGAUGUUUAUUGUUGUCGGUUUUCAUGGUUAUGUUUUCUUAAUUAGUGGACUUAUUAUUAAUUUUUUACAAUUAUGUUCAUGCAUUAUAUGGCCAUUUAAUAAAGAACUUUAUAGAAAAGUUAAUUGUUAUUUAGCAUUGGGUAUAUGGAGUCAAUUCACUUUCAUUGCGCAAUGGUGGUCAAAAAGCAAUUGUGUUCUGUAUAUAAAACCUGAAGAUCUCGAAAAAGUUCGUAAGGAACAUGCUAUUGUUAUAAUGAAUCAUAAAUAUGAUAUUGAUUGGCUUGCUGGUUGGAUUAUUUGUCAACGUUUAGGUAUAAUAAAGGGAUCAAAAAUAGUUGGUAAACAAUCACUUAAAUUGGUUCCUAUCGUUGGUUGGUGUUGGAUAUUUACUGAAUCAAUAUUUUUACGACGUGUAUGGGAAAGUGAUCGUGAAACAUUAGUUAAAGAUUUACGAAAAGUACUUGCUAAUUAUCCAAAAAAUUAUUUUUUUAAUUUGUUACUUUUCUGUGAAGGUACACGAUUUACUGAAAAGAAAAGAUUAACAAGUAUGAAAAUUGCACAAGAAAAAGGUUUACCAGAACUUAAACAUCAUAUUCUUCCACGUACAAAAGGUUUUACUCUAUUAUUACAAGGAGCAGAAAAUCGAAUUGCAGCUAUAUAUGAUUUAACAAUUGGUUUUAAAGAAAAUGGAGCUAAACCAACGCUUCUUAGUAUAUUAAAAGGACGUUCAUGUCAAGCAGAAAUAUUUGUCAAACGUAUUCCAGUUUCGGAAAUUCCACAAGAUACAGAAGGAUGUAAUAAUUGGGUUCAUGAAUUAUAUCAAGAAAAAGAUAAAAUAUACGAUUAUUUUGUUAAUCAUGGCACAUUCGAAGGAAAUGGUUUACCACGAAUUGAAAUUCAACGUAAUUAUUAUGAUCUAUUAAUUGAACUUGCUUGGAUAUUAAUUAUUGGUGUACCAUCAUUAAUAUAUUUCUUUAAACUUCUUUGGAUAAGUUCUUUAUUAAUACAAUUGAUUUUUGUUGCUUUGAUUUGUAUUGCAACAAUUGGUGUUCGAGCAAUGAUAGCAGUUACAGAAACUAAACGUGGUUCAGAUUAUGGUGAAACACAUAAAGAAGAAUAA